CAGAGAGUGUGAAUGUGAGACACUGUGUGGCACUGAAUGCACCGAAAACUGACUCAAACUCGAGUGUUGACUGUAUCUUGAAUUUGAUGGACUCAUUGGUUCAUAAAUUGAUGUUUUGAUGAUCUGUUGAGUGAAUUGAGACAUCUUCAGAUGGCAUUUGAUCUGAGAAUAGCUGUGGUUUGCAGUAGUAAUCAGAACCGGUCUAUGGAGGCACACGCGGUGCUCAGUAAAAAGGGGUUUAAAGUGCGGUCUUUCGGCUCAGGCAAUCAGGUGAAGCUGCCCGGACCCGCUCAGGACAAACCCAAUGUCUAUGACUUCGGCACUACUUAUGAGGAGAUGUACAAAGACCUGCUCUCCAAAGAUAAAAACCUAUAUACUCAGAACGGAAUCCUUCAUAUGUUGGACCGGAACCGACGGAUCAAGUCGUGUCCCGAGAGGUUUCAGAUCUGUUACGAACAGUUCGAUGUAGUGUUCACUGUGGAGGAGAGGGUUUACGAUCAGGUGGUUGAAGAGCUGUCACUGCGAACCCCAGUCGACAACACGACGGCUCACAUAAUCAAUAUCGACGUACAGGACAACCACGAAGAGGCCACUAUCGGGGCGUUCCUUAUCUGCGAAAUGGCUCUAAUGAUGGCUCAGUCCUCAGACCUCGACAAUGAUAUCGACGAACUUCUGCAAGAGUUUGAGAAUAAGGCC